UCCUGCUCAGCCCGCCGGGACCGAGAUAUGGGGCGCGUCCCCGGGGCCGCCCCCGCCACCUGAGGAACCCGGAAGCUGCCCUCGGCCGCGCCAUGGAAGAGGACGAGGAACUGGAGAGGAAGGCAAUAGAAGAACUUCUCAAGGAAGCUAAACGGGGGAAAACCCGAGCAGAGACAAUGGGGCCAAUGGGGUGGAUGAAGUGUCCUCUUGCUGGCACAAAUAAAAGAUUUCUGCUUAAUACAAUUAAGAACACAUUACCCUCGCAGAAGGAGCAGGACCAAGAGCAGAAGGAAGACAAUAAGGAACCUGAGCCAAGUCAGAACCGCAAAGAAGAAAACCCAAAGAAACACAGAACUCAUCCAUACAGACACAACGUCCAGUCUCGGAGAAGAGUUAGUUAUUCUCCUCCAAGGAAGCGGAACACCCAGGAAAAGUAUGAAAAGCAAUCUAACAAACGAUGAGGCAGGCACUGAAGAAUAGGCAAGACUGUUACAAGCAAUGAAUGUCAUUAAAUUUUGGACUGGGAAAGUGUUUAGCUUUCUUUAAAUGGAGAAGGUUGUUUAGUGCAGGUCUUUAGUUAGCAGGGAAGACAGCUAAGAAAAACAUUAUCGUAGAUAGAUAUUUUGUUGUGGUUUUUAAAGAGUCUUUUGGUCAUAAACAAAAGUGACUUAGUAAUUCUUCCUUCUGAAAAGUAAUCCUAAGGGUAGAAGUCUUGACAUGUUUAUCAUAUUUUAAUAGUGUGUAUACAUUUGUUAUUGUACCUUCUUUCAAAAGUUAGUUUGGAAAUAAACAAAUCUAGAGUUAGAUUUUAAGUUUUCAGAGAUUGUUCAAACUGGUUAAAAUAUCUGUUGUAUAUCAAUUGUGGUCAUUUUUCAGAGUUGAGAGCAAAAUUAAAACCUCUUUAGCUCUGUAUUUUAGAUUUGGGAUAUCAUAUUUAGUAUAUUCAAGAAGCUAAACAGUAGAAAUCUUCUGGCUGGGGAAUACACCAUUUAUAAAAUCUCCCUCUAGCCUUCAAGGGCUAGAGUUAAUCAAGAAAUUUGUUAACAUCUCUAGCACUUAUUUUUGCUUAGAUAAACAAUGUGGAACAUUCUUAAAAUGGCUGUGAAUUUAUUACCUAAAAUAAAUUAAUGGAGAUGAAGAAUCAAUCUCCUUGUUCUUCUUGCAACAAAACUUUGAUUUGUAUAAAAUGCAUUUUUUUCCCCCUCACUUUGAGCUUUUCUCCAGGAGACAUAAAUUGGGAGGAAUAUAGUUUGGUGCUUUAGAAAUAACCCUCAUCAACUAAACUUACUGUGCUUUGAUUGAUGUUGAGGAUUUUAUUCAUUGCUCUUUGGUUUUUUAGCUUAAAUCCCCUGGUAUAGAUAUCACAGUGUAAAGUUGUGCCGGAAAUCUUCUUUUUGGCAGAAAGUAUGUUGGAUUUUUUCCCCCAUUGUUGUUGUAGGCAUUUCUUAAUGAUAAGAUUCUAAAUUUCCUAGAGAGUCCCACUCCCACCCUCUACCCCCAACCCCCAAACUCAGGACUAUAUAACAAUGUAUUCCUAGAGCACGGAGAAGAGUCUCCCUCUCUCUACUCCCUUCCCAAAUUUUCCAAGGCGGCUGGGCUUAUGCCUGGCUGCCUCCAGAUAAUCACUCAGCCACAGCCAUACUCCCAGCAGCCAAGAAAAGCUCUUUCUGUGCACUGAAAAUCAGCACAUUAGAAAGGCCAGCUCUGGAGUGUUGUAGAGGAGCCAGAGAAUGCCAUGACAAAAUUGCUCUGUCUUCCCCAGUGCUACCCCACCACACCCUCUUUGUGUGCCCUAGGCCAUGCACCCAAACUUUUCUAUGAAGCCCAAGCUCCUGUGUGGUCAGAAGCCUGUGCAUAGAACCACUCCAACUAGGAGGAUGGGAAAAAUAUUCCUCAUUCUUUCUUUCCCCCUCCUCACACACCCCCCUACAAGUCAAAAAAAGUACAGAGGGAGUCCCUCCAUAACUAUCCAACAGCUAAUUCCCACCCCUGUCAUACACAGAAGGAAGAACUGAGGUAAACUUGACUUUAUACAAAAGUUGUUAUGCUUAAAUGAUCCUAAGCUUUACAUCCGUAUUAUUUGUGUUAAUUUAUUUUACUUUUAAAUAUUUUGUAUUUAAAUAUCUAUAGAAACAGGAGACUUAAGAAGUUGAGGUUUUUUGUAAAUUCUUGUUUUCAAUGAGUAAAAAUAAAGUUAAACUGUGUCAUUUU